AUAGCUGCUCCACUCUGAUCAUAUCUGCGGCUUUUUAAAUGAAACAAUUUUUUUCCGUUGCCUUCUUAAUUAAUCCAUAUGAUAUUGCUUAAUAUCUGAAUUAGCAUUUGUUACGCUUGUAUUUGUCUUGUGACUCCUGCGGACAGAUCUGUUUUUGUCCAACAAGCUAACCUGGGAGGGAUUUCUUUCUGUCAGUAGCCUCUCAGAAAAAACUCCUUAUAGUUCUGCUCUGGAACACUUAAUAGCCUGGAAUGGCUCACGGUGGCAGGAAAGAUUCCCCGGAGCUCCCAGACCUCUCCCUGCUGAAGAGGCUGGUCAGAGAUCAGCUCAUCUACCUACUGGAACAGUUGCCAGGGAAGAAAGACCUUUUCAUUGAUUCAGACUUGAUGAGUCCACUUGAUCGAAUUGCAAAUGUUUCAAUAUUGAAGCAACAUGAAGUUGACAAACUUUACAAAGUUGAGUUCAAGCCUAUUAUCAGCAUCUCAGAUCAACUCUGCUUUCUGAUUCGGCCACGAAUACAAACUGUGAAGUGGAUAUGUGAUGUGGUCAAUGCAGACAAGGCAGCAGGAAAAUAUAGACGAUACAAAAUCAUCUUCACUCCACAGAAGUUUUAUGCAUGCGAGGCUGUGCUGGAGGAACAAGGAAUCUAUGGAGAUGUGACUACUGACGAGUGGGCUUUCUACCUCCUUCCUUUGGAUGAUGAUAUCAUCAGUCUGGAGCUUCCUGAGUUUUUUAGAGACCAGUUUCUGGCAGGAGACCAACGAUGGGUGAGGACGGCUGGCAGUGCUCUGCACCUCCUUUACUCCCUCUUUGGACCAUUCUCAAAGAUCUACGGGAUUGGACGCUGUUCCAAGAUGACCUACGAGUCGUGGAGGGAGCAGGUAGAGGAGGGAGAGCAAAGAGCUCGGCAGGCUGAAAUUGGGAAUGUUUUUCUCAUCGAUAGAGAUGUAGACUUUGUUACUCCUUUAUGCUCACAAGUUGUCUACGAGGGGCUGGUGGAUGAUACAUUUAGGAUCAAAUGUGGAUGUGUUGAGUUCGGACCUGAUGUCACCUCCUCUGACAAAAGUAUUAAAGUCAUGCUGAACUCUCAGGAUAAGGUGUUUAAUGAAAUCCGAAACGAGCAUUUCUCCAACGUUUUUGGAUUUCUCAGUCAGAAAGCCAGGAACCUCCAAACUGCAUAUGAUAAAAGAAGGGGGAUGGACAUAAAGCAGAUGAAGACGUUUGUAUCAGAGGAGCUGAAAGGUCUAAAGCAGGAGCAUCGGCUACUUACUCUACACAUCAGUGCCAGUGAGUCUAUAAUGAAAAAGAAAACAAAGCAGGAUUUCCAGGAGCUGCUGAAAACUGAACAUUGUUUACUUGAAGGAUUUGAAAUCCGUGAAUGUAUUUCUUUCAUGGAGGAGCACAUCAACAGACAGGUCUCCAUGAUCGAAAGUCUUCGGCUGCUGUGUCUUCUGUCGGUCACAGAAAACGGACUCCUGCCAAAAGAUUACAGGGCGUUAAAAGCCCAGUAUCUUCAGAGCUACGGAGACGAGCAUCUGCUUACGUUUUCCAACCUGAGGCAGCUGGGGCUGCUGGUGGAGCAGCAGCCAGGGGAGACGCUCACUGUUAUGGAGAGUAGAGUGGGCAAACUGGUCAAUGACAGAACAGCAGGAAAACUGACUGAUGCCUUUUCCUCUCUGGCCAAGAAGAGCAACUUUAGAGCCUUAAGCCGAAAGCUCAAUCUGGUGCCAAAGUCAGAUGAAGAAUAUGACCUACGUGUUCCCAAGGACAUGGCUUACAUUUUUAGUGGUGCAUACAUCCCUCUGAGCUGCAAGCUUAUAGAGCAGGUGUUGGAGCGGGAUGGCUGGAUAGGCCUAGAGGAAGUAACCAGGCUGAUAAACGGGCAUGAAUUCGCUGUAACAGCAGGUGGCAGCGGAGCUGAUUCAAAGUCAAAGGGUGACAGUCAAAGAAUCAUUCUAGUCAUGUUCCUCGGGGGAUGCACCUUCUCUGAGAUUUCAGCUCUCCGUUUUCUAGGAAAAGAGAAAGGUUAUAAAUUUAUUAUUGUAACAACUGCAAUUACAAACAGUUCGAGGCUCUUGGAGGCUAUGCUGGACAACCACGUUUGAAGCCAAAUGACACUGACUGGAGGACACAUAUCUUAAGCUUUAUGUCAUACAUUCCUUUCAGCUUAAGUGUUUACUUAUGCUAUGUCGUCUUUAUCAACAAAACUCUAAAAAUGAAGAAACCGAAUAAAUGUGUUUUUAAAAAAUA